UGUUCAAAACUGCGUCAGUGCGCUGAGAGGAGUGGCUCUGAGUUCCGUUAUAUUAGAGAGAUACUGUAUUUCAUCCUCGGAAGAAUUCUGCAGACAUGGAGCUUCUAUCACUUCUGUUUAUGAGCUCCUGCUUCCUGACUUUGUCCGGACUGACGUUUGGUGAUCAAUCCGGGGGACCUGUGAAUGCAAAAGAAGGUGAUGGUGCCAUUUUACCCUGUUCCCUCGGCACCAAUGAGAACAUUGAGUUUGUGCGGUUUGAGUGGACGAAGGAAGGAACUGAAAAGAAGGUGUUUAUCUAUGAUAAUGGGGCGGGUCAUAGUUCUGCCCUCCCAGGUCGAGUCUCACAUUUUCCUGAUCUGAAGCACGGCAGCGCCUCCAUAAGAAUAAAUAAAGUUCAACUGGAGGACGGAGGAAUCUACACCUGUUCAUUUCCAACCAGUGGAAAAACAUUCAGGAUUGAGCUUGUUGUUGUUGAGCCCGUAUUAAAGGACCGAAACGUCCCAGGAGCAGCAAAGCCUCAUGUCACAAGUCAUAGCCAAAUAAUUGGCGGGGCGCUGCUUCAGUGUGAUGUUAAGAAUGCUUAUCCCGAACCUAAAGUGGAGUGGCAGGACAGUGACAAUCAAACCAUUCAUUCUAAGAAGCAGGUCUCUGAACAAGGAGGUCGCUUCAACAUCACCCUCAAAGCUACUGUGACAAAAACUGGUCGCUAUCACUGUGUCGCCACACAGGGGGACAUCAACCAUCAGGCACAAAAGGAAAUCCAUGUACAUUUGAAUGUGCUCCCCGAAUGGGCUGCCAUACUCAUCGGUGUUUUUGUUGUUGGUGUUGUGAUUAUCCUUGCAGUAUGCUACUGUAAGAAACGUUAACAAAGAAGAGAAAAUGGCUGCUCCACAGAGAUGCAGAUAAAUUUCACCUCUGAACAACCUUAAAAAGUGUGAAUUGGUCAUAUUUCAAACCUGUUUUUGCUUUUUUGUCUUUGAUUCAGCUCAGAGUUUAAUCAGAGUUUGGCUCUUUUUUUGUUGUGCGACUUUUCUCUGGUUUCUAAUGAAAAAACAUUUUGAGUUAACUCUGUUCAUCUUGGCUCAGGACGCUCCCUCAGAGAGACGACGUGUCAAGAGUUUUGAAUCAAAGGUUAAAAAAUUCGAUUUUUCUCUCCAACAUCACAGAGUAUUUCAGAGUCAAACCUGAAGAUCACCCAAACUGUCACAGUCCAACCUUCACUCUCCGUCAUGUUCAUGGUUUAAAAUUACACGACUGUUUCUUCUACCUGCAUCUUUCACAUCCUCACCAAGUUUUACCUUCACACUGUUCUGUGUUUAUAUUUCAUUAUCAUUAUUCAUCAUUUAGAGAUGCUGGAGUUUUGUUGUCCUCAUAUAAGAAAUUAGGAUCUGUAAUUAAUCACUUUUAAUGUUUUUUUUCCUCCAAAGUUAAAAAGUUUCUGUGUUGUUGAAAAUAAAAUAGAAAAAUUACCAUUUUAAAAUCACUGUGUAAUGAUGAGGAUACUGUAACUGUCCCCAUGUUAAUAAUACAGUGCAUAGUCACAUUUCCAUCAUUUAAACCUUAAUUUGAUCAUUUACUGAUCAUCUCAGUGUUUCCUCUCCUGCUGCAGUUUAAUGGCUCCUCCCGACUCCUUUCCCAUUUUCAGUGUGCAGCUUUAUCAAGAAUUCACUAAACAAAGUUUCUCUGAGGUUCUAGGGGCAAAGGGGAAAAGUGGAAUUGUAAAGCGCUUUGGGUGCCUGGAAAUGCGCUAUAUAAAUGCAAUUCAUUAUUAUUAUUAUUAUUCAUGGCUUGUUUUUAUCAUAACAGAUUAAAAUAAUUGUAACUCCAACAAACUGUCCCCUCUGAAGACGUUACAGUUUGUUAUCUGGAUCAGUAAAAAGAAAAAUGUGAUGAAUAAUGAGACAAGCAAAUUUAAAAACCUUAACUCUAAAUUCAGGACUUGUUAAAGUAUCACGUUUCUAUUAUGUUUCAUAUUCAGUUAAAAGCUGUCAUGCAAAUGAUGAAGAAAUGUUUCAGCUCAUAUUUAGCUCAGCCUAGUUAAACAUGUGCACUCAUGUUUUACUGUAAAUUAAUGUUUAGCAGAUAGAAAAAUUAUGAUUUCCAUUCUUAGAAGAUUUUCACUUCUUUGCCAAGUAGGUGUGUUGUGUACGCUUACACUCUAAUAUAGUAUGUUGUUGUUACCUCAGUUGAUUUUUUUUUUCAAAUUAUAUUUUUGCUGUUAACUGUUGCUGCACGUUUUUUUUGUUCAUGUCAUUUGACAGAAAGCUUAAGAGUGCACAAACCUGAAUAAAAAACUUUUGGGACUGUGUGUGUGUGUGUGCUUCUCUAAAUGUUAAUAAAGUGAGAAGAUGUUUUACUGU